CAGCCCGGGGCCAACCCACACCUUCCGCGGAACUCGCCCCUCGGGGCUGCCGGCUGUGUUCUGCGGCUCAUCAGCCUCGGCCUGGCUUCCCACCCAAGGAGGCAGCGGGCAGGGGCGAGUGUUCCUCGAUCCCGAGCCUGUCCGGCCGGACAGCCCGCCGGAGGCCAGGGGCGGCCGCUGCGGCUCCGGGUCUCCGCUUCCGCCCCUCCUGCCCCUCCCCGCUCCGCCGGUCUCCGACCUCGUCAUCUCUGUCUGCCACUCGAGCUUCCACCUCUUCGCUCUUCCCCGCCGACCCUGGUCUCUGAGCCCUUCCCCUCGCCUUUACCGAGGUUUAGCUGGCAUAGGCUGAGCCCCUGUGGCUGGUCAUCGAGGCGCAGCAUCCAGACCCUGCGAGUACUCAGUGGAGAUCUGGGCCAGCUGCCUACUGGGGUUCGAGACUUUGUGGAGCGCAGUGCACGCCUGUGCCAACCAGAGGGCAUCCACAUCUGUGAUGGGACUGAGGCCGAGAACUCUGCCACACUGACCCUGCUGGAGAAGCAGGGACUCAUCCGAAAGCUCCCCAAGUACAAUAACUGCUGGCUGGCCCGCACAGACCCCAAGGAUGUGGCACGAGUAGAGAGCAAGACGGUGAUUGUAACUCCUUCUCAACGAGACACAGUGCCCCUCCCAGCUGGUGGGGCCCGUGGGCAGCUGGGCAACUGGAUGUCCCCAACUGAGUUCCAGCAAGCUGUGGAUGAGAGGUUUCCAGGCUGCAUGCGGGGCCGAACCAUGUAUGUGCUUCCAUUCAGCAUGGGUCCUGUGGGCUCCCCACUGUCCCGCAUCGGAGUGCAACUCACUGACUCUGCCUACGUGGUGGCAAGCAUGCGUAUUAUGACCCGGCUGGGGACGCCUGUGCUUCAGGCCCUGGGAGAUGGUGACUUUGUCAAGUGUCUGCACUCUGUGGGCCAGCCCCUGACUGGGCAAGGGGAGCCGGUGAGCCAGUGGCCAUGCAACCCAGAGAAAACCCUGAUUGGCCAUGUGCCCGACCAGCGGGAAAUCGUCUCCUUCGGCAGCGGCUAUGGUGGCAACUCCCUGUUGGGCAAGAAGUGCUUUGCCCUUCGAAUCGCCUCUCGGCUGGCCAGGGAUGAGGGCUGGCUAGCGGAGCACAUGCUGAUCCUGGGUAUCACCAGUCCUGCAGGGAAGAAGCGCUAUGUGGCAGCUGCAUUCCCCAGUGCCUGUGGCAAGACGAACCUGGCCAUGAUGCGGCCAGCAUUGCCAGGCUGGAAAGUGGAGUGUGUGGGGGAUGACAUCGCCUGGAUGAGGUUUGACAGUGAUGGUCGACUCCGGGCCAUCAACCCUGAGAAUGGCUUCUUCGGGGUGGCCCCUGGCACCUCUGCCACCACCAACCCCAAUGCCAUGGCCACAAUCCAGAGUAACACUCUUUUCACCAAUGUUGCUGAGACCAGUGACGGUGGCGUGUACUGGGAAGGCAUUGACCAGCCUCUUCCACCUGGCGUCACUGUCACCUCCUGGCUGGGCAAGGCCUGGAAACCUGGUGACAAGGAGCCCUGUGCACAUCCCAACUCUCGCUUUUGUGCCCCGGCUCGCCAGUGCCCCAUCAUGGACCCUGCCUGGGAAGCCCCAGAGGGUGUCCCCAUUGAUGCCAUCAUCUUUGGAGGCCGCAGACCCAAAGGAGUGCCCCUGGUAUACGAGGCCUUCAACUGGCGCCACGGAGUGUUUGUAGGCAGCGCCAUGCGCUCUGAGUCCACUGCUGCGGCUGAACACAAAGGGAAGAUGAUCAUGCAUGACCCAUUUGCCAUGCGGCCCUUUUUUGGCUACAACUUUGGGCGCUACCUAGAACACUGGCUGAGCAUGGAAGGGCGCAAGGGGGCCCGGCUGCCUCGCAUCUUCCAUGUCAACUGGUUCCGGCGUGAUGAGGCUGGGCGCUUCUUGUGGCCAGGCUUUGGAGAGAAUGCUCGAGUGCUAGACUGGAUCUGCCGGCGGCUAGAGGGGGAGGACAGUGCCCGAGAGACGCCCAUUGGGCUGGUGCCAAAGGAAGGCGCCUUGGAUCUCAGCGGCCUGGGAGCCAUAGAUACCACCCAGCUGUUCUCGCUCCCUAAGGACUUCUGGGAACAGGAGGUUCGUGAAAUUAGGAGCUACCUGACAGAGCAGGUCAACCAGGAUUUGCCCAAGGAGGUACUGACUGAGCUGGAGGCCCUGGAGGGACGUGUGCGCAGAAUGUGACCUGAGGCUCCAGACUAGCCAGAAAGCAUAGCAUCCCCCACCAGCUACCACCAGCUAGGAACUGGAGAGCAACCAGGCUUGCAGAAAAUAUGAGCAAUUUGAUAAAACUAACAUCUUCUGGGUGCCCUGAGACCAGGCCACAGGCGUUUCCUCACAUGCUAUCCAAUAAUAAAAGAUGCUCAUUUAUUUUACAUAA